AUGCCGCCUCUAAGUUCGAGUGGCAGUAUCGCCAUACGUUCCUGUUUCGGCAACUGGAGCCUCAUCGCACUGCACAACGAUGGUGAUGAGGCAUUGUUGGUGCGAGAUGAGCAGCGGGUCGUCAGGGUAAUCCUCUGUUCCCGCUCUACUGGGCCUCCCUAUUUGCUGAUGCCGGCGUGGCACCCGUGGGACUUUUGUGUGCGGGUAAACAGUGCACUGUAUGAUGCAGGACCACUCGAGCUGGAGAUUGGGGAUGAGAUCCAGUUGACUGCUCCAGGUGCAUGGGCCGAUGAGGCUGGUUUUGGAUUUCGCGUGGAGUCCGCGGAGGGAGCAGUGUCGGCGUUUGGUGUGGGAGCACAGCCCCCCUCGUCGAGGGUUGGCGGGGAGACGGAAUUGGCGUUACGGCGGGCUUCCUGUUGCGAUUCAGAGCACGAAAGCGCGUGGCGCGCAUUCGUGAGGCAUCGUUCAGAGAUGGUGGAGGAGGUGCUCUCCUCCUGGCUGAGCUUGACGCCACCUUCUGCAUGUAUAUAUGUGUCAACGCCAUAG